CAGCCCAGCCCAACCCGAGCCGGGCGGAGGCGGUGCCGCCGACCGGAGCCGCCGCCGUGGGACUACGGCUCCCGGCCUGCCCUGCCCUGCUGUGCCCUCUCGUGUGCCGGUCGAGCCAUGGCGGAGAUCCGCGUGUUCCCCCUCUCCUGCGCCGUGCAGAACUACUCCUGGGGGAAGCUAGGCCUGGAGAGUGAGGUGGCCAAGCUGUUGGCCAGCAGUGACCCCCUGGUCCAGAUUCAGCCCGACCAGCCCUACGCAGAGCUCUGGAUGGGCACGCACCCUCGGGGUGAUGCCAUCAUCCGGGACAACCGCAUCCCCCAAAAGACCUUGGGCCAGUGGAUCGCCGACAACCCUGCCUGCCUGGGGGCGAAGGUGAAGGACGCCUUCCAGGGUACCCUGCCCUUCCUCUUCAAGGUGCUGUCAGUCAACACUGCCCUCUCCAUCCAGGCACACCCCAACAAGGAGCUGGCUGCCAAGCUUCAUGCUCAGUUCCCUGAGCACUACCCUGAUGCCAACCACAAGCCCGAAAUGGCCAUCGCUCUCACCCCCUUUGAAGGCUUGUGUGGCUUUCGGCCAGUGGAGGAGAUCGUCUCCUUCCUCCAGAACGUUCCUGAGCUGCGGGCGCUGAUCGGGGAGGUGGCAGCGGAGCAGCUGGAGCGCAGCGGCAGCGACGACCCCCGCGGCGUCUCGGCUGCCCUCCGCGUCUGCUUCACCCGCCUGAUGAAGAGCGAGAAGAAGUUCUUUGUGGACCAGCUGAACAUGCUGGUGAAGAGGAUCUCUCAGGAAGCGGCAGAAGGGAAGGACAUCUCGGGGAGCAAUGGGGACCUGCUGCUGCGGCUGCACUCCCAGUACCCAGGGGACAUCGGCUGCUUCACCAUUUACUUCCUCAACCUGGUGAGGCUGGAGCCAGGGGAGGCCAUGUUCCUGGGAGCCAAUGAGCCUCACGCCUACCUGCAAGGAGACUGCGUGGAGUGCAUGGCGUGCUCGGACAACACGGUGCGCGCCGGGCUCACCCCCAAGUUCAUCGAUGUCCUCACCUUGUGUGAGAUGCUCAACUACACACCAGCACCCAGCAGCUCCAAGAUCUUCCCAGCUGUUCAGAGCCAGCUUGACCCCAGUGUCUACCUCUUUGACCCGCCUGUGCCAGACUUUGCCAUCAUGAAGAUAGAGAUCCCUGCCUCCAUCAAGCUGUACCUCGUCUCUGCCAUGGACUCUGCCAGCAUCUUGCUGGUGAUCCAAGGGACAGCCGUGGGCACCUCCACGGCGGCAGCCUCCGAAAUGAGCCUGCGCCGCGGCUCCGUGCUCUUCAUCUCCGCCAACGAGAGCAUCUCCCUCCACCUCUCCUCACCCGACGGGAUGCUGCUCUUCCGGGCCUGCUGCCUCCUCUGAGCGGCACCAGGGACACUUCUGCUCCGUCACUCCACGUCUCAGUAGAUAGAAACUGGCCUGGGCAAAGUCGUCUCACUUGGAAGUUUCCCCUUCCAUCUGUUAAAGCCCCAACCCAGCCCACACCUGCAGAAGGAGCAGGUCCACCAAUCGACUCCUUGGACGUGGGGUGGAGCAGCCAGAGGAAGAGCAUCACCCCCCACAGCUCAUUAGCCACAUCCCUGUAGCAUCAUCACCUCUGGGUGCUGCUAAUGCCACAUGGUGACUCCUUUUUAGUAUGGGUUUCCCCCCUCCCUUGCUUACCCAGGAGCAGCAAAGAUGCCUCAACUCCGCACUUCGGCUCUCAAAACAUCUCUACUCAGCUCCUAGGAGCUGCUGCUCCCUCCUUGGGGCUUUCUGCUGCUCUUGGGUGCUUGGUGGGCUCCUCCCCAGCCUGGCAGUCCUGUCAUCCCUUCCCUGGCUGUAAGGGGCUGCUUGGUGGGGUGAUGGAACUGGAAAGCCUCCGGUGCUGUGAAUAAAGUGGUGACUUUGUCCUUGGCACGGGGCAGUGUGGUGUAG